AGCGCCACGCUCACCCACACACUCACGCACACGGCCACUCGCACACACACCCACACCCACACACACACUGUCACGCGCCACGCCGCAGACUCCCCGCCCCCUAGCGUCUACCCGGACUUCGUGCUCGCUAAGCAGUCCUCCAGCUUCAACAAGUCCUCGGAGCGGCUCGAGUACGAGCUGUCGCAGAGCAACAUCUACUCGGCGUGCCCGUCCACGCGCUCGUCGCGCUCGGCCGCCUCGCUGGUGCUGGACGAGCAGGACGAGCUGGCCGAGCCUCCGCCGCGACGCACGCUCUGGCGUCGCAGCGCCAGCUGCCGCAACCUGCGCGACUACAGCUUCGACGAGGCGGGCCGCGCCCGACGCCGCGUGCCCGACACGCGCAGCAUGCUCGCCGACCUCGACGCGUACCGCCCGCCGCUCGCGCGUCGUAUCGACUCGCCCAUCACGCGCUACGACGACGCACGUACGCUCGCUUUCGUUCUCGCCGGGGGAGGCUCGAUCGACUCGCAGAGGGAGAUGAUAGGCCGCGCUUACUCGUCCAGCUUCCCGGGCGCGAUCAGUGAGCCGCGGCUCGACCUGCCGACUUUCGCUCGUAGCGGCUCACAGGACGACAUCUCGCACGACAGCUACGAGGUUAUCGAGCGAUCGGAUGACGAGUGCUCGGAGCGACGACGAUACGCGCGCGUGCGUUCGCUGUCGCGCUCGGCGGUCACGCGCACUCGCUCUUGUUCGCUCGACUCCGGCAACGACUUGCCCUCGGACGACGAUCAGUCGCUCUCCCACCUGUCCGAGACCGAGGACGGGGAUGUAGAUCUAAACAAUUCGGGGAUCAAGUAUAAAAGUGAUAACGAUUUACCGCUGGAUCCGUUCCUCGUUGACGAUCCGAGAAUACUUCCUCGAGAGAAGCUCUCGGUUCGAUCCGACGGGAACUUCUAUAAAGAAAUUAAACGUGCUUUAGGGUCUCGUACGUCUAGUCAAGAAUCAAAAAGUGAUAUAUACGACUCGAAAUUAUCCAAAAGUAGCGCCGAGUCUAGUAAAAAGUCACGUGAUAGUGUAUAUCAUACGGAUAGUAAAAAAUCGCGAGAGACUCUAAAAAGCAAAAGUUCUGAUAGGUCCGGUUCGAGAACUUCAAGCCAAGAUUCUAAGUCCGAUUAUUAUGACUGUAAAAAGAAUCUCUAUGAGCCCGACGAUUUAAGUAUUAGGCGGCGCAGUGUCACAAGUAUACAAAAUGCAUAUAUUGAUCCUUUUGAACCUAUUUCACCUUCUUCUAGUCCCGAUUCUGGUAAAGAUUUUUAUGAUACACAAUCAACGUUUGUUGGCAUGGAAAAACCGGAAUAUCGAGAAAAAACUCUAUUCGAUAAAUCUCACGAAGAUCUUAUAGCAAACUUGGUUACUUCACCCAAUUACUAUCAUAUUCCAACACCAUACUCCACAUUUCCGAGCAAUAAUAAGCAUAAAGAAAUUACUCAUAUGCAUUCUACUAGUUUACAAAAUGUAGAACUGGAUCAAUAUGGACAAUAUUCAGAUUCAAGUCCAAUCAAGAAAAGUGAUGAAUUUUCAACCGAAGAAGAAGAUAUGCAUCCACGCACAACUCAUAUAUGGCCUGAGAAAAUUGCCGGCCUGGAAACAGAAAUUGAUAAUAAUAGAUCCACUAAAAUACAAAAUUACCAAAGACGACGUUCAUCGGAAACGGUAUUUAGUUUUGAUAAAGAUAAAAUUGAAUCUCUGACUAGAUCAAUAAGUAAAGAAAAUCAGCCCUCUCAUUUGGUUAAAGAAUCAUCAAAUGAAUCUGACGUCAAUGUGCGUGUUUUGCCGGCAAUGGAUAGUAUAGAGUACGCUAAAAAUAGAGCUAAAGCAGCUGCAAUACAGUCAGGUACUUCGUCAAUUCUGCAAUCUGAAUUUGACAAAUCUAUGCGUGGCAAAGUUCAUACACAUAUUGUACGAAAAGAAAACUUAAAAGAGGAACUAAUGGCCAAGACUCACUUUGAUGAAUAUAAUCCUAAGCUUAUUCUAGAUACAAGUUCUAGCAGUCGUCUUGCAGACACCGCUGUUCCAUAUAUUCAUCCUACAGUGGAAAGAACAAAGAGCGAUCCUAAUAGCUUAGCCAAUAGACCACGAUUUAGUAGUGUGAAUUCAAGAAGACAUGUGCUUAUGCAUCAAAAAUCUAUAGAUUUAACUCCUGCAGAAUCAAGUGAUGAAGAUUACAUCUUUCGACAAAUACCAAGCGCUCCGCCAAUAGCCACUAAGCGAUCGCAUUUUGAAUUACCUGCUAGACAUUCCGAAAUUGUCCGACCAUUAUUUGAUUUGCCGCAAAAUUAUUUUAAAGAAUUCGAUGCCUUCAAAGCUGGUUUUAAUGAUAAUAAAAAAAUAGCUGAUGAUAGUUAUGAUAUUCCGUACGUUUUACACAAAAGACACGUCAUGAAUGGUACUGCUCCUUCUCCCCUUGAUGAUAAAAGGGUACCGCCCGACAUUAUAACUUUGCCACCGCAAAAUGGUCGCCAUAUUGUAAAUGCACAUCCUAGAUGCAAAUAUCAUGAUCAUCCAAAAUCUCCUCGUUCACCCAAAUCUCCUAAAUCACCGAAAUCACCAAAAUCUCCGAAGUCGCCUAAAUCACCCAAGUCGCCAAAAUCACCUAAGUCACCAAAAUCACCAAGAAAUAGUAUUCAAACUGACCAUGUCUCUAAAUUUUUGGAAGUUGAAAAUCGUGAUUUCUUGUUUACUCAAAAUAUAGAUUUGUCGAAAGUUGAUCCUAUUACCUUAGAAGUAGAUAAAAGUGGGCAGUUACAACAUUUACCGAGUCCGAAAAGAGAUAUAUCAAAAACAUUAGAUUCGGCUUUGCUUGAAACGUUAAACUCUAAAUUGAGUCAGAUAGAAAGUGAUUCGGCUACAAGCUCCAAAACAGACAGUAUGAGGCAAGAGCCUCAAUACCCACACGACAUAAAAUUUGCUAUAAACGGGCGUAAUGUUCAACAACCACCUAUUUGUAAAGAUCCAAAGCCCCUUACUGCUGCUGAAAAGUUACGGGCAGAUAUUAAGUCAAAAUCAGAAAAGUUGCCCACCAAAAGAAUGCCUAAAGCUCGUGGAACUGGUAAAAAAGGUGUUGGUGGAAAGGUUAAAUGCAAAAGUAAUAAUAAAAUAAGAAUCACAUCUUUUUCAUCAGACGAUGAAAGUGUUGAUUCAGAUGAUGUGUUUGGUACCACGGAAGCAGCGCCUAAGUUAGAAUUUUCUCCACCACAAUCUCGUAAAGACUUAGAGCCCAUAUUACAACUCGAGUAUGAUAAAAUCACUUCAGGGGCUUGGCACAGAGGUCAAACAAUGAGUUCAACAGAAAUCGAAGGAUCACCGCCGCAAUGUCGCAAAUUAGCAGAACUGGAGGCAAAAUACAAUCCACAAGUACUCGAUAGUGUUAGUGGGACUGCUACUGAAUUAAGGCGAAUUUCUGAGCGGUCAAUUUCUAUUCCGAGCUCUGAAGACGACAUCGUUACUAAACCACCAGAAAUAAAACAAGUCAGCAAGGAAAGUUCUACUUGGGAGUACAAUGAAAAUAUUCCGUCUCCCAUUCUCGAAAGUACUGAAUUUUUGAAAUCAGAUGAUGAAUUAUUAGUUGAUAUGGAAAUUCAAAAAGUGACUGGACCUCGUACUCAAUCAGAAGAAAAAAGUGAAUCCUUGCAAGUCGAGAAAAAAGAUUCAACAAAACUUGAUAUAAAAAAAAGCUUACGUGAUGAACUAAUUUCACCAAUGCUUCGUAAAACAGGUGGCACUCCUAUACUCUUUGCUCAUGCUCGAUUAAACCUUUCAGAAGGAUCUGUAUUUUCAUUACAACGACAAAAAGCUACACAAGAAUCGCCAACAUCGAGCCGUAGAGCUAAAAGUUUAGACACACCUGUUAUACAACUACAUAGAUUACCACCAAUGAAUGCAUUUUCUUCAAAAGAUGAUACCGUGGAAGAUAUUAAUGAAGAGGGGGAUAUAUUAGAAGAGAAAUCGCUAUUAGAAGAUAAGAUGGCUAAAACUACUGCUGUUAAAAAAGAGAUAAUUGAUAAAAUUGAUGAAGAAGAAGAAAAUACAGCAGAAGCCUUACCAUCCAAGCCAGCUUUAAUUGAUAAUGAAGAAAUGAAAUUGUUAGAAGAACUAGUGGAACAACGAAGGCCUCGUUCGUUUAAACGGCAAUAUGAUUUAAGCAAAAUAUUAUCGAAAGCUAAAUCACCAUCGAGGUCACCGAUUGCUCGGUCACCUAUAUCACGAUCUCCAUUAUCUAAAUCACCUUCAAGAUCACCGACGUCUUCUUUAAAUUCACCAAGAGGAAGUAUACGGAAAUUAUCAGAUCUGAGCGAGGAUCAAAUAGUGCCUGAUAUUGAAAGAAUAAAACGCAAAGAGAAAAAGAAAUUGACCCUUAAACCAAAGUCUGAUGAUAAACAAAAAACUAAUAACAAAUUAAAUAAGGCAGGGUCUUUAGAUACAAAUGCGACUAAAGUUAAAGCUCUUCAGACACAAAAAUCGUUGCCGUCUUCGCUUAAGGAAAGGCCUGACUUCUUAACUGUUCCACCCUUGGACAUCGCUAGAGCCCAUAGUCAAGAGUUAGAUCAAACUGCAAAAAGAGUUGCAAAAGAAAAAUCUAAAUCUCUAGAGAAAAUGGAAGUUAAACGUGGAGGUAGUAAAGAACGCACCAAGUCUCAAGAGGAUAGCGACACUGAAAUUGCAAAGCGGAAAGAAAAGCAGCAGAUGUUAUUUGAAGCAGCUUUAAAACAAACUAAAACUUUAAUUAGUCCAGUAAAAGACACAAUACCACCUUUCCCAGCCCCAGAAGAUAAAAUUUUGGUCAAGACAGAGGGCGAUAAAAUUAUUAUCGAAACUAAAAUAAAUAGCAAAGCAGAGGAUCAUGUAUUUAUUGCUAAAUCACCAAAAAAGCUAGAUAAUAAACUAGCUGGAAAGAUCAGUAGAAGCUUCGAAGAUCAAAAGACGACAAAGACAAAUAGCAAAAUUAAUAAAAGCAUGGAAGACAAAACAAGCCAAUCAUUGGAAGAUAAGUUUGAUGAUUUGGCAAGUCUACAAAAAUCACCAAAAACACUAUCGAAAAAACAAGAGAUUAAACAACAAAUCGAAGGAAAAGUAGUUUAUCAGAAAGUUCAUCCAAGCAUAAAAUCAAAAAGUCUUGAGAGAAAGGUUGAUCCACACUUUGAAGCAAAAGUCAAAUCUAAAAGUUUGGAUAGAAAUUAUGUUACCCCAGCAUCUAUGCAUGAACCCAUGACUGAUAAACAUUUCAAACAGGAAGUUGUUACAGUUGAUGUUCACCCAACAGUCAAAGAAGAAAUUGAUACUAUUUCUCAAGACUAUGAUACAAAAGAAACUUCUCCUACGCACAGUUAUAAAGAAAAGACUGAAGAUGAUUCUUCUAUUGAAUGGAUAACUAGUUCACAACAUACUGUUAUCGAAAAUGAUACUCAAACUGUAAUAAUGGAACGCAGGAAAAUAGAAAUAUAUAAUAAACAAAAACAAUCAGAACUGUAUGAAAGUAAAAACAGUCAAGAUAUGCAAAAACGAAUUGAAAGUAAAAAAACAGAAAUCACACGUGUAACUAGUGAAGAGGAAUCUAUUACUGAAGUUAGUGAAUUAAAAAUGUCUGAUGAGAGUAAUAUGUUAGGUAUUUCACUUCCUUACAUUGAUGCUGAUAGCUCAUCAGAUCAAGAUCAAGUAUCUAAGAGAGAGAAAAUAACGAAGUUGCAUCUCCAAAAAAGUGAUGAUACUGGUUCAGGAAUCACUGCGGAUUAUGACGAAUUCACGGCUGAUACAGAGCUACCUCAUUCAGACACAAGUAAAAGCAUAAAAGCCUUAGAAGCACAGAGUACAUUUGAAGAAUCAUCGGCAAGUUUAGUUGAAUUUCUAAAGAAUGAAUCUAUGUCUCAAUUAUUUAUAGAAAACGAUGCAGAAUGUGAAGAUAAAAUUCAAGAUUUUCCGAAGUCUACAGAUUUAGCUUUAAAGUUCAAAAAUAAAAACAAAAUUAUUGUUACCCCGCCUCAAGAGAAUAGUCCAACUAUUGAAAAUAUACCAUUUAUUGAUUCUGGUAUUUCUAAGUCGGGACAUAAAUCGGAAUCAGGAGAUUAUACCGGAAGCUCUGGUAGCGUAAAUGACAUAUCGCCCUCGGAUCAGAAAAAUGAACAAAAAGCAUCAGCUAAUCAGCUAUCAGCUAAAUCUAGACGCGGAGAACUGCUCAAACUAAGCGCAGAACGUUCACGAAGUUCAGAGUCAACAUCCUGGACAAGUAUAGAAAAAGAUGUGAGUCCUUCAAGUGCUAAUAUUAAAGGAAGUUCAAUUGAUGAUGAAUCGAGUGUAAGUUGUUCAAUUGCGAGGCCUUUGGGUAUAUCACAAGAUAUAGAAAAACUUAAUAAAAAAGAUAGAGAGUGUCUGGAGGAGCUAAAACAAGCAAUGGAAUAUGGUGAAGAACAUUUGUUAUCUCAGCAUACUCUGUCAAGUGAACAUUCAAAAUCAAAUUCUAAGUCUCCAUCACCCGUGCCUGAAAUCGGCCGUAUUGAAAGUCCGAGAAGUCCAUCAAAGUUCAGUACAAGAAAAUCGCCAACACCAACUUUAGAAAAACAAGGUCAGGUGGAUUCUCAAAGGGCUCCUACUGAUUCGGAGUCUAGCUCUGAAAGUAUUGAUAAAACGGUUGAACAGCUUUCUAGGCCUAAUCAGAGAAAGAAUGCUUUGGAUAAAAUAGGAAAAUGUGUUGUAGAAGAAUCUGAAUCAAGUCAAUCAGCCGGUUCAAAAGCUUCUGAUAUUAAAAAAGAGUUGGAAAAAACUGUCAAAAAGACUAAAAUUGCCAUUACAAUAUCACAAGAGGAUCAAAAUAUGACAGUUGAUUUUGAUGAUGAUGGUAACGUUAUCACAUCAUCUUUUGAAAGAGAGCUUAUGAAAAAGAGGGCUUUAAAAGACGUUGACCAAAAAAGCUCAUCGAAAUCAAGUAUGGAUACUACUACUACAACGACACCUUCGAAAGGAUCUCUGAGUGUAGAUGAUUCAUCUUCUAGAAGAAAAGGACGACUCGAUGAGCAAAAGAGUUCUUCAAAAUCAAGUAUGGAUUCCAGGGGAUCUCUUAGUGUUGAAUCAAGAGGAUCUUUUGAAACGACUGAAUCUACGUCUGGAUCUUUGGGUGAAGCAUAUCGACGUGGCGAAGAACUAAAACCUACUUGGCGACCUUUCUUUGGUGCUUCGGGUAGUGAAAAUAGUACUAGUAUUGAAGAGGCUUGGAUCCCUCAAGAUCACGAAGGCUAUGAAAGUUUGACAAUGAAUAAAGAUGCAUUUGAAUAUAACAAUCAACGUUUACUUGACGACUUUCAUACCUUUUCUAAAAAUCCACCUCUUUCAACUAAUACAUCGAAAGAUUCCACGGAAGCUGAUUUUACAGACGAUUUAAAUGAUUUUCCUGUUAAUUUUCUAUACCCAGCAACCUCUUCUACAACUUCCGAUGUUGUUAUUGGUUAUGGUCAAAACUUUGGCCGUACUUUGUCACGAAUAUCAGAACGUAGUACUACAUCUGAGAAAACUAGUGCUGACGAAGAUUCCACAAAAGCUUGUUCGCGAUCCGAAAGUAUUAACGAGGAAUCAUUAAAUUCAAGUGAUCAUCAAGCUAGCUUAAGUUCAGACCCACCGAGCAACGCUAACGUUGCCUAUAUAUCUGAUACAGAUCGUAGAACAUCUGCUGAGAUGCCUGAUAUUCCUAUAGAUCAAACCAAAAUAAGUGAAAUGUACUCAGAAUCCAAAAAAGAUCUAGAAAAAAUGAAUAACAAGAAAGAUGAAAUAACUGAUUUAAAAAAGUAUGAAGAUCGUCGUAAGAAAUCGAAUAAUGGAAAAAAUUUAGCACCGCUUAAACAAUCUUCAGCUAGCGAAAGCCAAGACUCUGAAGACUGGCCAUUGCCGGAAUUACCUCCACAAGCUGUCUCUAAAUGUACGUUUUCAGAAAUAGCUCGACAAAAAUCUAGUGAUAACGAUGAUUUUAAUUCUUUUACAUCGGGAACCCUAGAAACACCAAUUGUUGAGAAAGUUCAUAUUUACUAUAUGAGUAAUGAGCCAGAACAAGCCAUGAAAGUAACAAUUCAGUCUGAGAGUUCUAAAGGGCAAGUAGGAUCAGAUGACGAUAGUGAUACUCUAAAUAAUGACGAUGAUUUGGAAAGGGAUAUACAAGAAUCAAAGUCAGAAAAAUCAACUGAACAAAAUGUAGGUAUUGAUAAAAAACAUCCUAAAGUUAUACCUUACGAUAAAUCAGGUUAUAUGGUAGAACCUUUAGAUAAUCACGAUGAAUUUACAUGUCUCAAUAAAGGCGUAGUGCCUAAUUAUGACAAAUCUUGUUUAAGUGGAACCAUAAGCAAAGCUACGUGUUUAAUGGGAGAUAUGGGGACAUGUUGUUCAAGAGCUGAAAGUAAAUCCUUUAGCGUAAAAAAUAAUUUGGAAGACAAAGUUAUUAUAAGUCAACCUCAAAAAUCGCCUACUAAUCAUAGUCCUAUAUAUGAUGAUGAACAUCUUUAUACUGAUGAUGUCUUCGGUGGCGACAGUAAAUCACUUUCACCUGAUUUUGAUAAAGGUUUCUCACAGGUUAGUGCACAAAAGUUCUCUUUCGGCUCCAAUAAUUCAGAUACAUCCAUGGAUGACUUACUUUCACAAACGAAUGUUGAAGAUACAAUUAGAGCUGUUACUAAACUUAGUGUUGGCAGUUCCAGUACAUGUAAGAGGUGUAGUCAUAGCAGUCAUUCCGAAGAAGAAACAAGUUCUUUUGGUACGGACUUAGAUGGCACUGUUAAAAUUGGCUUACCCCAGAAAAAAUGCACUCAUAGCUCACAUUCAGAAGACACAUCGAUUUGUUUAAGUAUUUCUGAAUGGUCGACGGGUACAAAUACAGUCAGGCAAUAUGCGAAUCUUUCAGCAUCCGAAAGUAUAUCGGCGGUAUCUAUUCCAAAAAGUGACAAAUCUGAUAAAACUGCAAUAAAAAAAUAUUCUACAUCCCACUCAAGUAAAAAGUCAGAACAAUUACCAAAAAUGGGUUCACAAGCGGAAGCAAGUUCUAAAAGUAGUAGUCUUGAUAAAAGUUCAGAAAACAUAAAAUAUGAUAAAUUGUGCAGUUCGGAAACGACAGUGUCAAGAAAAGUAGACAGUAGUUCAGGUACAAAAAGUGAUAGUACCCUUACUUUAGCUCAAUCUAUAUCUGAAUGGUCUGCAAGUACCAGUCAUACACUUGUAGCUACGGCCCGUGAAGAUCAACAAGAUUUAGAUACAAAAUCAGAUAACACGAUCGUAAAAGAAGCUUCAUCAAUUAAAGAGAAAUGUGAUAUGGAAAAUAUACCUAGCGAAAAAUUAACUCCAACUAAUGAUAACGAUUCUAAGGAACCCGUACUCAGAUUAACAGCUUCUUAUACAGGUAAAAACGAUAAAUCCUCGUCAAUUAGUUACAGUGAUAAAUCAGACAAGUCAAGUUCCAGUUCUUUGAGUAGUCUACAAAAACAUACUAAUGGUGUACUCCGAUUUGAUCAACGUUUAAGAGGUUUUCCAGCUUCUGAAGAUUUGACAAAAGAACGAUAUGUCAAAGCGCCUCCAAAAAGCUUUAGUUACGAGGAAGAAACACAUAAACAUGUUAGAACCACUACAAUGCGCUGUCAGAGUGAAGACAGUGGGUACAAGCCUUACUAUUUUGGACCCCAACCCGAAAUAGAUAUUGACAUACCAUCCCAACUUUACAGUCAAGAAGAAAAACAUAGCGAGCGAUACCAAAGUCAAGAGUUCUCAAGUAUUAUUCGAGAAGAAUCGAGUUGUCAAUUUAUAAGGUCUGACUACAAACCAUUAGCAAAACACGCCAGUUAUGAUGAUAAAACUCUUUCAAAAAAUCAAAUAAAAGAGUAUAAAAUUUCUCAACAAUAUCGCAGUAAACCUAAGAGUUGGUCAUUCCAUGAGCAUUAUUUAUCAUCAUCUGAUUUACCGGUUAUAACGGUUCCUGAAGUACCCUCAGUUCAUAGAGAAUUACAAGAAAAAAGAUCUGCUGAAAGAUCGGGUAAAACCCCUCUGUCAAGAUGUUCUCCAUAUUAUUCAAGCAGUCUAAGUUCCGAGUCUCCACCUAUUCAACCUCAAAAGACGCCGGUGAAGAAAUCAUUACUCGUUAGGAAUAUUUCGUUAAAAAGUCCACCAAGUGGUAAUGAUACUGAUAGCUCUUUAGAUGUUAUCAGAGAUCCUCGUGAAAGAAUGAGAACUUUUCGACGUAAGAAACAAGUAACAAAUACACGUAAAAAGCAAGAAAAAAUACAGGAUGUACUCGAAGAAGAUUCGACCAAAAGUCAAUGUUCGUCGGAAAGUGACAAGUUCAAAGGAACUAAAUAUUUAUCAGUAGAUGAUUCACUUCGACGCAUGGAAAGCUCGGAAUGUUCUGAUAGUUACAUCCCUGAAAUAGAAUCGGGUUCAUCUGAAAUGUCGAAAGCUGAUUCUAAAAAUGAACCUACUAGCUAUUCCGAAGAUGAUGAACUAGUCAAUUAUGCGAAAUACAAAAGCGCAUCAUACGAAAAUCAAAAAUUUCCUGUUAAUAUAAAUCCAGUUCAAUUCCAAGGUUUUGGGUCUUCCGUUGAAGAAGAUGAAAUGGGUUUUCCCAGAUUUGAUAGAUUGGGUCGUUUGCGCCAUCCAUAUCUUGAUUCUCAAGAACCACCUUUUGUACCGGAAGGUAGUCCACCAAGAACUUCUUAUUCAAACAAAAGUAGCCGCCAAUCAUCACUUAAGAGGAUGAAAUCAACAGGAUAUCGCCAAUCUGACGAUAAAAGUCUAGGUGAAUCAUCAGGUCAACACCAGUCGAGGUCAAUGUUUUAUGAUGAACCGAGUGACAAAGAAGAUUCUGAUGAUUACGCCUACCCUAUCGAUACUAUUAAAAGAGCUCCUAAAAUAAGUAAAUCGGGAAGUUACUUAUUUGAACGCGGAGAAUCAGUUGCUUAUUCUGAUACAGAAUUGCCUCAAGAUAAGGAUGAAUACGAAGAGUACAGAGGCAGCCCAUAUCCCGAACACUAUGAGGAUGUCGAUAUGUUCCAAACUCAAGAGUUUUAUCCUCAAUAUGAACACAACACUGAACGAAGGGAUGGUAACGAAGAACGCUUCUCUAGAGAUCUCGAUCAGCGUUUCAGCUUAAACAAUGUUGAACGUUUUUAUUCUAGUCACUAUGUGGAUUCCCAAGCUUCGAGUGAUAGCCCAGAGCAAAAGUUUGAUGUAUCCACUCUCCCCCCUCCCUUAUGCUCUGAUGACGAGAACGAAUAGCUAAAUUUCUAAAUGAUCGCACUAGACCAAGUCACCGUAGACUCCCCCGUUGUUGGAUGAUUGUUAAUUAUUCGGUAUGCGAGCGUGUUUGAUUUAAUUAGCGUUUCGAAAUCUUAAUUCUAAUUCGCAAUGAAUUGUUAUAAUCGUAUUGAAUAUUACGAUUCCUAUUAAAUUAAAUAUUUACAUUCUCACUUUUAAUAACUAGAAAAAAUAUAUAGUGCCAACCGGAUAGCGUGACUAUUAUUAUUAUUAAUUAUCGUGUAAUUUUAAAACGAUAUUAAACCUUACCUUAGCUUAUUAAGUAAUUAGGCGUAGUUAAAUGUGUAUUGGUCGACGGUAUAUCUUAUUUUGAUCGAUUCAUUUAUUAUAUAAAAGUGAUAUUUAAAAAUGGUGGAUUUUUUUGUCAUUUUAUUU